GUAGCUAGGCUAACGAAGCAAGCUAGCUUCGCCACUGUUAUAUAAGUAGCUCAUCAUACUGCCAUGGCAGACCCCAGCGCAGUAAACACUGAAUGCUGAACUGUAUGCCCUCUACCAUCAAACCCUAGCGUUGUCUCCCCAGCGCAACCGCACCGCGCUAGAUCCCUCCUAGUAACGGUAACACUGUCUCCCUCUGCUACGCCCUCCCUAGCUUCGCUUUGGGUGCGGCCCUCUUCUUCAUCCUCCUCCUCAUCUUCUUUGGAGUUUCGAGAGUUUUCGGUAUUAGUACAUGAUCCUUAGUAAUGGCUUCGGCUUGUGUCAACAACAUCGGAGUGUCACCGGAGAACUUCCCUGACUGUCCGCCGGCGAAGUUCCCGUCGUACGGAUGGUUGAGCCCCCGAGUUUCAUUCAGCCGGGAGUCACGAGAAGGCGGUAACUCGGGGAAGAUUCCUGGGGUGAUAUCAGAGCAUUCCGCGGAGAAGCCUUUGGAUCCGCCUGACAAGCCAGAUCCGGAACCUUUCGCCGGAGAUUUCGAGUUUCGGCUUGAAGAUCCAGUUGCCAUGCUCCCGGCUGAUGAGCUUUUCUCGGAUGGAAAGCUCGUGCCCCUUCAACUUUCUGCGGUUAAACCUUCUUCCACGAACGAGUCGACUUUGCCGGAGGCCAGGUUGUCGGCGGCCAAGGCUGGACGCGUUGCCGAUAUUUCAAGUACGGACCCUUACUUGUUCUCGCCCAAGGCUCCGAGAUGUUCGAGUCGCUGGAAGGAGCUUCUGGGACUAAAGAAGUUGUAUCAAAAUUCUAAUGCUGUUAAGAGCGAGAUGCAGAAAGCCGCUUCGACUUCUUAUACUAACAAAUCGUUUAAGCAUCUUCUUCACAGAAGCUCGAGGUCGUCUACUUCCAAUUUAGACAACGCUUCUCUGAGUCUUCCAUUGCUGAAGGACUUGGACUGCGAAUCUGUAUCGAUUUCUUCUCGGCUUUCUCUUUCGUCUUCAUCCUCUGGUCACGACCACGAAGACCUCUCGAGCCUGUCGGUCGAUUCAGACAAGCCAAACACGAACCCGAUAUCCCUUCAUCGUAACCCGAAUCCAGCUCAACCAAAAAUGAGAUUCGUGAAGCGAAGGGCAGGCCCAAUUGAUAAUAACCAGAGACCAUUGGUGGAUCAUCCGCCAUGUAGUCGGGUCGGGAGGAGCCCCAUACGCCGAGCUCCAGGGGAAUCCGGUGGGGUUGGCAGCAGGGGAGUGUCCGUGGACAGCCCUAGAAUGAAUUCGUCUGGGAAAGUAGUGUUUCAGAGCUUGGAACGAAGCUCGAGUAGCCCCAGUAGCUUCAAUGGUGGACCCAGGUUCAAGCACAGAGGAAUGGAGCGAUCGUACUCGGCCAAUGUGAGGGUAACUCCGGUUCUGAAUGUUCCUGUUUGUUCACUGAGAGGAUCAUCAAAAUCCGGUUCGGUAUUUGGGUUCGGUCAACUUUUCUCUUCCCCUCAGAAGAAAGAAGGCGCAGGCAGUGGUGGAAACAAGGGCCACCAAUACAGCAACAGUAGGCACCGUUGUGAUCGUAAUUAACUCGCUAGUUAUGAAACACCGUAACGGCGUUGAGAAGAGAGGGUAACAUUUGGGCUGUUUUUCUUUGUUCACCCUACAGAUUUCUGUUCAUUAUCUGAAUCUUGAAUCAAUGAAAAUAUUGCAGUUCAUUGUUAAUUGGGAUUAACCUGCUCUUUUUUUAAUCUUUAGAAAUCAUGUAAAUAUUUGGGUAGAUUUGGAUGUUCUUGAAUGAUAGCAGCGAAUAUGACGAUCCAGUUCUUGUUUCCAACUAGUUGAGCUUUGGGCUCUGGCUGCUUUUUGUUAUCUUGUGACCAGAAAGUCAUGGAAUCUCUCUGAUUUCUGCUUCUCUUUGGCCUUUUUCAUCCCCCCGUAUUUAUAAAAUUGUUUUGCUUUUUUAAAGAUCUGCAUCAUGUUGAGCUUAUCUGCUCCUGUCGGCUUCUCCCUUUUCUUUAUGAUUUAUUUAAUUUGUUGUUUAUACUGAGUAAGUCUGGGAAAUGGUGCUAAAAUUCAAAGAUAUCAGAGGCGCAAGCUUUGCUGAGUUGUUUUUGGUAUUGCACGUCAGACUGAUCCCCAACCUUGCUGUCUAUUUUUAUAUUAUCCGCCCUAUUUUGUGGGUUUGAACUAAACAUAAAUAUUUCGUUUAUUAUUGCUAAACGACAACUCAAUAUUUAGCCGUUUUGAAACAGAUGCGUCUUGUGAUGUUAAUGGUGGGGGUUACUCUCACCUGAGUGGUUGGAUAAUGGUGGUCCUCAUCUGACUCCACAGUGACUCUCUACAGAGGAUUCAAUUGGGGUGGGACAAGUUUCUCAAUCACAAUGUGUACUUUGAAUGAGGACAUGCCCUUAAGUAUUAAGUCACAUAUGGGAUUACCAUUCCCUGAUGAACUUGUUUUUCACAUGA